AUGGUAGGACAAGCAUGUGUCAAGUUGGGAGCUGGUCGCACCGAUGCCAAGGAUGCCGUGGAUUUCGCGGCAGGAGUGUGGUUCCACAAAACGGUUGGAGAUUGUGUCCAACCAGGUGACAAGGUGGCCACUGUCUACACCAAUGUCAGCGACGACUCUAUACGACAACAGGCGAUCCAGAUGCUCACCGAUUCGAUCGAGUAUGCACCUUCCGCCGCGGCACCGCCUGUCAUUGUGUCGCACCGGGUUACGGCAGGAGGCAAAGUGGAAGCAUGCUCCCUACCAGUGGCGCUGCAAACGUUGCAAUAG